AUGGGGACAAUCAUGGACAUUAAGAUGCGUUUGUGGACAUCCUGGAUCAUAGUGGGACUACUUGGUCAACUUGGGGAUACAAUAUUCCGCGGAGAGUGUCAGAGUGAAGGAUACUUUAAAGCUGUACGUAACAAUGUCCGCUUAAAGAAUUACGUCAUUUCCACGCGAGACGUCCACUCGUUGCAAGACUGUGUUUCAGCGUGUCUAAGUGAUGCACACUGCAGUUCGUAUAACUUUCAGGUCAGCGGUGUUCCUCUUCACAAAUGUGAGCUGAAUUUUAAAUCGAGAUUAACAGCGCGACCUGGGAGCCUGGUACUAGACAAUGGAUAUCAGUAUUAUGAGAUCACAGACUCUAAAGAGGUGAUGUUUGGAUGUUUUUAUUACCGAAUUUUCCGUAAUCAUAAAUGA